CGGUGCGGUACGGAGCGCAGGGACGCGGUGUUGGAGGAUAUAUAAGCGCGGACGAGGACUCCUCCUCGUGCUGCUUGACAUGGCAGAAACAAUCCGGCCGAGCUGUCGCGUAGCUCGCCGAACGUGAGAGACGGCACCGCGACGUCGCUCGUCACGGUGAUCGCGAAACCAGACGUGAGAUCCAAGACUGUCCGGCCAUGGCGUCCGUCGCGCGCGCGUGAUCGUGAGCGAGAAGAGAGAACGCCGGGACGCAACGUUAUCGUCCGUAACGACGGUAUAUGUGGAAGAAGAAAGAGGGAGAAAGAGAGAGUGAGUGAGCGAAAGAAAGAAAGAGACAGGGGUGGUGGUGUCGGUGUGUAAACAAACAUUCUGGCCUAUCCGUUGUACCCUGGUGCUCAUAUCCUCUUCUGUGCGAUAUUGUAUUUUACGUUUAAUAGCUAUCAUUGUCGAUUUGGAUCAUUCUGAGCAACAUGUGUAUCCAACCUUUCUCAGAAGGACGUCCUGGUUACUUGACUCACAUGUACGAGGCUAGACUACAUUUAGGCUGAUCUCUGUUCAACAGGAUAGUCAAGUCAUUCACAGGAAGCAAAUUCUGGACAGCUUUCUGACACGCAUCGGAGACGUCACAAUUGAACGCGUGACACCUCGCGGUGGUCCUAAUCCCGGCGAAACGAUCAUGACGAGUGAGACUGCGACCAGUGCGAACAUGAACGUGGAACCGCAAGCGACUAAUGACGAGAGUUCGGAUGAAUCGAGCGGCGAGACAACAGACGGAGAGCACGAGAAGAAACUUGACGUUCUGCAAUCGGAGGAGAUUGAAGAAAUACGUUCCGAAGGCUCGGGUGACGACAUGGAUCUCGACGAAACGAUCGACUCACAGAUUGGUAUGAGGGUAGAAUCAGAGAGGCAGCAACAUCAUCCCUCUCAGGAAGAUGAUGAUGAGGAGCCAGUUAAUAUCUUAGACACAUUACCACUAGAAGGAGCACCUAUAGAAGGUCAAGAGGUGACCGAAGCUGAUCUACUAGGGAAACCGAUAUCAAAAGAUUCAGAAGAUGAAGAAAGCAUGGACAACGAAAACGAGAAGGGGGAGGGUCACUCCGGCGGAGAAGACGGCGAUGGUAAGAGACAAGCUGAUUCUGAACAUUCCGAUUCGACGAAGAAGAAAACGAAAAAAGAUGAUGGUAACGACGGCUCUACAUCGGAAUGCGAGAUGAAGGCCGAGAAGAAACUGGCCAACAUGCGGCGAAACAUUCGCGAAGUAAUGGACGAGACGCAAUUGGACGAAGCUACACUGUCUGCUCAGCGGCAAGAGAUGGAGCGUCUCAGACGGGUGCAGGAGCAACAAAGAAUUAUCCGCGAAGUGCAACGUCAAAUUGCGAUCAACCGUCAGAACAACAAGUCACAGACACGUGUCAUCAGUCUUCUGCAGGGCAAGCAAAAUCAAGUUGGCACCACGACGCUCUCUCAGUCCUCUUCCUCGUCAUCGACAUCGUCUACGCAGGUUCGCCUGCCAAACACCGUGUUGCUGAAAGUGAACUCUGGUAUCGGGACCGGUGUGUCACAGACUUCUCAGAUCGGCAGCAUGCAAGCGGGCCAGUUGCAAAGAAGAUCGAUGGACGGAAUGCGUUGGCAAAAAGGCAGAGGUGGCUACCAAAGUACGCAGACUUCCAUCUCGCGGGUGCCAAGCCGUUCUGGUGCUCCAAAUAUGUUGCAGCAAAGGAUUCGUAUGAUGACACCAUCUGUGAGCAUAUCACCAGUAGUACCCAAGAAAGAGCCAAUGGACCGUACGGAGUACUAUUCCGAUUCCGAAAUGUCGGACAUAGAGACUGAGGAGACGUUGCGCGAAAAGCAGAUGCACGUUGCGCGAAAGAUGUCCGGUGGGCCCAAGUACCAGAAACUUCCCAAGGGCAAAGACGUGGUGACGAUAUCCAGUUCGAGCGAAAGCUCGGAUGACGACUGUAUAGUUCUGAGUGACCCCAGCGGCGAAGAGGAGACUGACACUGAGGAUGACCCAUCUAACUCCGGUAUGCACACCAAUGACCGCUAUAACAUUCCAGACGAGCACGGUAGGGUAUUGAUCAAUGUGGGCCACCCUGAGACCGAGCCUGACGUGUUUCUGGCGCCGCAGGUAGCUCGUAUUAUUAAGCCACAUCAGAUUGGUGGCAUUCGUUUCCUUUUUGAUAACAUCGUUGAAAGCAUAGAACGAUAUAAGACUAGCUCCGGCUUCGGCUGCAUCCUCGCCCAUAGCAUGGGUCUGGGCAAGACCCUACAAGUCGCCAGCUUCUGCGACAUUUUUUUUCGAUGCACUUCUGCUAAAACUGUGCUCUGCAUCAUGCCCAUAAAUACUCUGCAGAACUGGCUGGCGGAGUUCAACAUGUGGCUGCCCUAUGAGGACCCCGCAACUACUGCUGAGAAGCAAUCGAAAGCGACGAACGUGAAGAUGGAACCCGGAAUGGACGUGAAGCACGAAGUGAAGGAGGAACAAUGUGGUAAUCAAAGCGACAUAUCCAAUAUGUCGCGACCGAUUAGCACGGAAUCCGCGCAUCGCUUCGGUCAGGAAUCAGCUGCGGUGCCACAGCAGCAGCCGAUGAACGUUAUGCCGACGGACAAUCCGUACGUACAUCACGGCUACGAGCCGCGCGGUAUGAUGCCAGGUUACGGGAUGCCGGACCCGGCCGCUGCCAUGAUGAACAAGAGUAUGGCAGAGCCGCACGCACAUAUACCGCCGGGUUAUCAUCAGAGUGAGAUGCCACAGAGCACAUUAUACGGUGCAGCUCCGAAUCCACUUCCCAAUCCUUUUCCUCCCGACCCGAUGAAGCCGGCGGAUGUGAAUUGUCAUGGUAUGCCACCUGGACCCAACAUGGCGGCGGCUGUGCCCAAGUAUGGCAUGGAAAGUCAAGCUGCCGGUGUUAUGUAUCCCGGCGUGAUGGAUAGUCGACCUCAGCCUCCCAUGUACCCCGACAUGGAGAAUCGGAACCCCGUCGCAGCGAUGUAUCCGGGCAUGACUGCUCAUCACCACCCUGGCCCGAUGUAUCCCACUUACAACAGUGUCUCCACCGGCACUUUCGCGAGCUACGGCAGCCAAACUAAUAAUCAAGAACACUUGGAAGAACCAAAGAAGGAGAUCAUACAUGGGCCACCGAUUCCGAAUGCAGAAGUGAACGUGAAGAAAGAACCAGAGGAAACGAUCAAGAAAGAAGAAGGUACGUCGACAACGACGGUGAAGGAGGAGAUGACGGAAGAAAAGAAGGAGGUGGAGAAGGUGAAGACACCAUUCUGCGUAGACACUCCCAUUGGCAUGGAGUUACGCCCGAGGCAUUUCGGCUUGCAUAUCCUGAACGACUCACACAAGACCAUGACGGCGAGAGCAAAAGUGAUACAGGAAUGGCAAGCGACGGGCGGCGUGUUGCUGAUAGGAUACGAACUGUACAGACAGCUGUCUUUAAAGAAACCGAAUAAAGCGAAACGAAAGCGCGGUCAGCCCUUCAAGGACACUGUUGACGUAGAAGAGGAGGACAAGAACAAGGGUUUGCUCGACGAGAUGCAUUCGGCCCUGGUGACUCCCGGGCCGGACCUGGUGAUCUGCGAUGAAGGCCACCGGAUCAAGAAUUCUCACGCCAGUAUUAGCAUGGCGUUGAAGCAGAUGCGCACGAAACGUAGAAUCGUUCUAACUGGUUAUCCGUUGCAGAACAAUUUGUUGGAAUACUGGUGUAUGGUAGACUUUGUACGACCCAAUUAUCUAGGAACCAAGAGCGAAUUCUGCAACAUGUUUGAGCGGCCAAUCCAGAACGGCCAGUGUAUCGAUUCCACGCCGCAGGAUAUUCGCCUGAUGAGGUAUCGCGCUCAUGUUUUGCACGCUUUGCUGGAGGGUUUCGUGCAGAGAAGGUCGCAUUCGGUACUGCAGGUGUCCUUACCACGCAAGGAAGAAUACAUUCUCCUCGUUCGUAUGACCUCUCACCAGCGGCAAUUGUAUGACACAUUUAUGAAUCAAGUAGUGAAGACACGCGCUGUACCGAAUCCGCUCAAAGCUUUCGCUGUGUGCUGCAAGAUCUGGAACCAUCCAGACAUCUUGUACUAUUUCCUCCGCAAGCGGCAAGCAAACGAGGAGGAUGACUUAGACCUAGAAGAGACGAUCGGAGAGAAAGCCGCCGCAGGUGGUAAAAGGUCCAAAGCGCGCCAGCCGAAGGGAGAGUCGAAGAAGAGCAAGAAAGCUAGCACGACGAUAAAGAACAAGCCCGCGGCCAGUGUGCAACCAAACGCUUCUUCGUCGUCUAGUACCGACAACGUCGAGCCGGAGAGCGCGCACAACACUCCGAAACAGAACAAUUAUACCAACUAUCCGAUGCCGGUCUCCAACUCCGGAUAUUCCAAUUCCAUGACGCAGGGGUCUUACCCUUCUCAUGGUUAUCAGAACUAUCGUCCGAACGAGCAGAAUACAUACUAUAGAAACGACAGCAAUCACGGGGAAUACAAUCACGGGGAGUUCUAUAAUAACCAGGGACAGCAAAGGUACGGCAAUCAAUCGUUUCAGUCGUACGCUCAGACUUCGGGCUACAACACUUCGCAAGGAUACGCCAAUCAGUCGCAGAACUACAUGCAGUCGAACGAGCAGUCUGCGAAUCAUCCCCAAAGAUACUCCGGUACGUCGACCGGCUCGGACUUCAGGUCGGAUCAGGGUCAGGGAGGCAAUUAUGAGACGUCCGGAAUGUUCCCACGGCAAGGCUACCCUUAUCAAGAUCAGCAGCGUAACUAUACGCCGAAUUUAAAUCAAGGGCCUAGCAAUUAUCCUCAAGUUCCCAACCAGCCGUCUUUUCAGUCGCAGAUGCCGAACCAGUCGGCGAACGUGCCGAUGCCGGAUUAUUCAUCGUACAGCGCGAAUCAAAAUCAAAAUUACACACCGACACCAGCACCUCAGAACAACUCGAUAUAUCCUCGCAACGACACUCAAUCGUUGCAGAACUCGACGAUGGCGGGAUACCCGGCGCCUCAGCAGGGUCAACCUCCGGCGGCACAGUCCCAGGCCACUGGUUACAUGCCACCGCCGCCGCCGCAGCAGCAAACACAGAACCCGUCGCCCGGUCAGAACCGCGGUUUCUCGCCGAACCAGCAGAAUCCGAAUCUGACGUUGCAGAGUCAGUCGCACUCGUCUUACACCGGCCAACAACCGCAAGGCGUACCUCUUCAGACCCAAUCGCACGCUUAUCCGACGCAAGUGAAUCCAACCACAUCGCAAACUCCGCACGCGUUCAAUCAGCAGCCGGCUCCGAUGCCGCAGACUCAGUCGCACGGUUAUAUGCAGCCGAAUCAGCCGAGCCAGACUCCCAUGCCGCAAGGUCCGAUGCGCGGGUACACCCCGGCGCCGCAAGGUCAGAUGAACGUAGCGCAGAACCAGCCCAACUACCCGGCCAACCAGCCUGCGCAGAACGUGAACGCACAGAGUCAGACGCACAGGUAUCCCACGGAUCAACAAGGUCCGCCGUCAAACCCGCAGAAUGCGGUCCACGGUUACGGUCAUAUGUCAGUGCCCACACCUGUAGCUUCCAGUCAAGGAUCGCCAUAUCCCCAGCAGAAUCAACAAGCUCAGACGGCACCGCCGUCUAAUCAGACUCAUCCGGCUUAUCCUUCGAAUCAUCCGGGAACAGGCACGAUGCCACAGACUCCACAGGCUCAUCGUUACGGUGCCACGCAACAGACGCAGGUCGGCCAGAAUCAACCGAUGACGUAUCCACCGAGCCAACAGCAAGCGAAUCCUUCACUGGGUCAGAACGAUCAGUUAUACUCCAGGCAGGAGAACACGGUGUCGCAACAGACGCAGAGCUACACUCCGGCGACGAAUGAAUUCUCAGGGGGCGAUCGUCCAGGCGCGAGCACCGCCAACAACACCGGUAGCAAUUACACCGCCGGCCAGCCCCAGGCGCAGAACCCCGUAAUGCCGAAUUACUCGUCCGACGGAUCGUCGCACCAGAAUCCGGCGGUCGGCCAGAUGAAGACUACGGACGAUCCGUACUGGCAGCGCAAUUAUCCCCAGGUGUUCAGAUCGGAUCAGCAGUGCAACGACUCGUAUUAUCGCGAGCAGAUGAAUCCCGGCGUGAAUCGUUAUCAGAACAACUACUUCCCACCGCAAAACUAUCCGAAUCAGUCAUACGCUGAUUACGCGACCGGCCACGGCUCGGACAUAAAUCAACGGCCGGACGAGCCCAAGGGCUCGCAGCAGGCCGGCCCUCAUCCUCCGAGCGUCGCGCCGUGCGACAAGAGCAACAAAGACAUGACAUCCAGCAUCGGCGUGCAGAGCCAGCCGAUGCAUCAGAGCAAUCUCACCGGUACGCCCGGCUACAACGCGGAACCGAAUCGCCAGACUUCGGCGACUCCGAUACCGCGAUCCGUGCAGGCGAUCAAUUCGGCGCACAGUCCUCGUUUGAAUCAGACUGAGUUGUCGAAGGAGGACGAGAGGGAGAAGGAGGAGCAGUUGGAGAAGGAUAAAGAGGAAAAAUCUGACGAUGAGAUUCUCACGAAGGACGAGGAGAAAGAUUGCAAGAGUUCUCCCUGUGGCAAAGAGGAUCCUGGAAUUCCAUACGAUUGGGCGACAGAGUUGAUGAAGAAUUAUGUACCUGGUUUGAUAGACGCGUCUGGGAAAAUGACACUUUUCUUCUGCAUCCUCGAGGAAGCUAUCAGACUAGGGGAUCGCGUACUCGCGUUCUCGCAGUCGCUGUUUACAUUGAAUCUCAUAGAGGACUUUCUGGCGCGAAAUAGCUUAAAAUAUCCGGACGGACAGACUGACGACUGGAUCAAGAACGUGAAUUAUUACAGACUGGACGGUAGUACCAGCGCGUUAGAACGAGAAAAGCUGAUUAACGAGUUCAACAGUAAUCCGAAGAUUCAUUUAUUCUUGGUUUCAACGCGAGCUGGUUCGUUGGGUAUUAAUCUCGUGGGCGCAAAUCGCGCGAUCGUAUUUGACGCUUCCUGGAACCCGUGUCAUGACACGCAAGCCGUGUGCAGGGUGUAUAGAUACGGCCAGCAGAAGCCAUGUUUCGUUUAUCGCUUAGUUACAGACAACUGCCUAGAAAGGAAAAUAUAUGACAGACAGAUCAGUAAACAAGGCAUGGCAGAUCGUGUUGUCGAUCAGUGCAAUCCGGACGCGCAUCUUUCGUUGAAAGAAGCGACGGCGUUAUCGUGGGAGUGGGAAGAGGACAGCCAAGUGCAAGACUUCUCACAGACCAAGGAUAGCUACACGGAUGAAGUUAUGCACUGUGUGCUAGAACGUCAUUCUUCGUUGCUGACCAAACAACCGUUUCAUCAUGAGAGCUUGCUCGUGGAUCGGAAAGACAAAAAACUCAGCCAAGCUGAAAAAAGAUUGGCUCGUCGCGGCUAUGAGCUUGAAAAAAUGGCAGCUAAUUGUUCGAGGCCGAGUUAUAAUUAUGUUCCAGGGAAUACAGCUACGCGAGCAGGUGGAUUACAAAUCAGGGCGAUUCGCGGUGGUGAUGGAGGUACCACGCCUAAACCUGUUGCAUCUGUAAGACCCAUGCAGCAACGAGGUGCUGAAGGUUUAGGAACACGAGGUGUAACCGGAAGCAGAUGGAUUCCGGCGGAGGUAUGGCAGAGGCAAGGAAUGAGCGCGCAAGAAAUGACGUUACCUUUAGAUGUCGUUAUUCCAACCAACUCUCCGGAUAAAGGAAGCAUCGUUUUGAAGGCGGGUCAACGAGUAAUGGUGCUGAAGAGUCCGAAGGGCAUUUACAUGCAGCUCGAAUCUGGCAAGAUUAUAGCAAUUCGCACUGCGCUUAAAUUGAAUCAACAGAAGCGGGAAGAGGAGCCGAAGAAAGGCGUUUCCUCGAUGAUACAGAGGAAUUCGAAGCCCGAGGUUGGCUUCCCUUUGCGAAACAACUCUGCUAUUUCAAUAAUACCAAAAUCAUCCUCGAGUAAUCAAACCACUGGCCGUCCUCUUAAUAAACCAUCACCUGGCCCAGGCUACAAACCGUUCGGCGAUAAGGAAAUUUCCAAGAGACCUAAGCCUGUUGCCACAGCGACUGCUAAACCUUACAUGAAUCAUGUUAAUAUAACCAACCAGGUAUCUUUGUCGAGGUUACCCAAAGUCAAGCAAGAACCAGUGGAUCAUUCCACACUCGGAGAAAAUUCCAAUUCAUCUGAUGGUCAAGUGAGAACCGAACAACGAGUUGAAGAAGUUAGAUUAGAGGAUGUGGUGGCCGAAGUGAGCUCCAACACCGAGUUCAGUCCCUCUAAUCACACACGAACCACGAAUUCGGAUACCGACUCGUCCUUGCCGAAAUCUUCUGAGGAAGGCACUCAGGUUUACUCGUCAGAUACUGUUUCGUUGGCGCAAGGAGUUCAGACGCAACAUGAUCAGGUUGAGUCGGAAUUACCAUCAACUGCUGAUAAACAAUGUUCACCGCCAGAGAAAGAACUAUCCAAGCCGGACUCUACGCUAUCGAACUACAGUCGAUCUUUCCAUAGCCAGACAGACAAGCGGGACACCUCCAAUGAUGAAAUCAUCAUUGAGGAACCGCAGCAAGUGACACCGCAGGCCUCCACGCAGACUCACGCAACCACUCCUGGACCGAUACCGCCUCUGUUGACGCCACAAGUGAUAUCCUCCAGCAUAUCGGUACCGUCCAAUAUGCCGAUACCACCUGGUAUGCCAGUACCAUCGAGCAUACAAGUACCGUCAAACAUGUCAGUACCGUCGAGUAUGUCGAUACCAUCGAGCAUAUCGAUACCAUCGAGCAUAUCGAUACCAUCAAGUAUGUCGAUGCCGUCGAGCAUGACGAUGCCGUCGAGUAUAUCAUUACCAUCGAGUAUGUCGAUACCAUCGAGCAUUCCGGUGCCGUCGAAUAUGUCGGUACCGUCGAGUAUGCCGGUACCUUCGAGUAUGCCGGUACCAACUAGCAUGUCGGUACCGACGAGUAUACCGGUACCAACGAGUAUGGCGGUACCAACGAGUAUGCCGGUGCCAACAAGUAUGCCGGUGCCGCCAACGAGCAUGCCGGUACCAACGAGUAUGCCGUUGCCGUCUGGCAUGCCGUUGCCGUCGAGUAUGCCGAUACCAUCCGCGCCCGUGAGAGGCCCGGAAACACCUAAGAGCAUCGCAGAUUCGCCCGUCGUUGCGUCAUCGGUCGUCACCAGCUCCGUGUGCACUAGCACUAAUAACAUCACCUCCCCGAAGAGCGUCGAACCGACGAGCGUGCGAGACAACAUGAUUCAGAGCGACCCACCGAGCGUCCCUCAAGGAUACCCCUACGCGCAGUAUCCGAGAUAUUACGACUACAGCGAUCCGCGAUCCCGUUCGCUGUCUAAUCCCUACGGCACUUACUUCCCUGGCGUGCCGCCGCAUACGGCGAAUCCUAGCAGCAGACUGCCAGUAGACACGACGAAGCCUCCGCCGGACCUAGGAAAGCCUAUGGACGAGAGGGGUGUGAUGAACGUGCCUACCGCUUACUCUCAAGUAUCGAGCAUUACUGCCAAAACGCUAACGAGCAGCUCCGCGGAGUCGAAGAGCACGGACAACUCGGUGACGAUCACCACGGCGACUUCAAGUAGGGACGAGACUACGCAUAUACCUACUGCAUUUAGCCACCCUACCAGCACACGUUAUCCAGGGCCGUAUCCGCCGGGCCCGUAUGAUCCGUACUCUCAACACUAUCCACCGGCGCCUGGUUCCUCCGCAGCUUAUCCGCCAGCUGGAGCACCCGGAUAUCCGGCAUACGGUGGACCAAGCUACAAUACGGAUUACGCUCGCAUGUACUCGGCGUUUCACGGUCCGCCACCCCCGACGGAUCCUUACAUGCACAGAGGAUACGCCCCUCCCUCCUCGCAUCCUCCCAAUUACUACCCGCCGUUCCCGCAUCCUCCGCCGCCGUAUCCCAACUAUUCCUUCCUAUCGCCGUAUCCGAAUCCCAACAUGUCCAGCGAGCCUCAACCACCCGCACAGUAGGGAAGUGACAGGAUUAAGGGUAAUCUUAAUAGUCGCGAAGCGAAAGAAGAGCCGUCGCGAAGACUCGGAGACGGUUACCGUCGCGGUUCCGAAGCUUAAUAGACUGAAGCUGUAAAACGCAUCGAUGUAAAUAUUUAGUCACAAAUAUUGAAAUAUUAAGAGAUUCGAUCGCGGUGUACUCGCGAUGUGUUCGAGUACUUUGCGAUACCGAUUAUGCGUCAGAGGGCGAGCGCGAGCGUGAACGCGAUCGUCAACAUUGAACCGUGCAAUUUGUUGAAAUGUUCAGAAUACUUUAAUCACUCGACUGUCAAUGCGAUGUUCUUGCGAUGCGUUUGUUCACUAGUUAACUUCACCGAGGAUCUACCCGUUACAAGCGGUACAAGUCACUCCUUUGUUUGAUCCUCCAGUCUCAUGAGUCUCCUCGAUGACUUUGUGCGACAAGAGAUUCUUUUACGAGCGUUUAGGCUACGCUGCGAUUUAGAUUGAAAUACGUUUCUCAACGUUACGACCGAUUAAUUGCGUUUUUCUCGAGACUUUUUCUACUUUUUGUACUUGCGCGAUGUCUUUUGCCAGGUUAUCACUUUGCCUCUCCAACGGCAUUCACCGUAGCGGGUAACGGUAGUUUCUUUAACGUACGAAAUGAUAUGUUGCUGACUGCGUAUGACUGGCAAGAUUGAAUGAGGAGUAAAUUGUACCAUUUGAGUGAUCGAAGGGAGAGGAACGCUGUAUACUAUCAUUUAUCACUUCGAGCUAGUUUACACGUCACUCCGCUCAUUUUUAUAUAGUCCAUGUAGUGAAGAGGGGGAGGGUCACUCUAGCGAAACGAAAUUCUUUAACAAUGAUUGACGAUUAUAGCCAAUGACGCGCGCGUCUCUAAUUCGUAAAUCCGUACUUAAAGAGUUAGAGACAAUAACAUGGCUAAGAGAAAAAAUCGUACGAGACUGAAUUCUCUCUUCUUUUUUUCUUUUUUUUUUGCGAGUGUUGUUACACGAUCAAUCAAUGACGAUGUUUUAUAAAUGACAUAAUAGGGAAUUAAUUGAAGAUUCAUUUACGGAGGAUCAUAUGAAUCAAUAUCAAUAAAGAUCAUAUCAAGUAACAUUAUCCUUCUGUUCAGUACAUUAUUUGUAAAUAUUUUCUUUUUGAAAGUGUUCUCUCACUUUUCUAGCUCAUGUUGCUGUCUCAAAGUCUUCAUUUAUCAGCAUGAUAUAGAAAAUUUCUAUAAGAAAACUUUUAACGAUUUUAAUAAAUUUGAGAUUACUCGACUGAUUCCCCUCGGACGAUACAGGAAGAGUAAUGGAUACUUGCAAGCUGUAUAGACCACACUGACAUUAUUGAUGCUAUACUAUAAAACGCAGAUGUUUGUUGAAGUACCUACGUGCAUGACCUGUAUUAGAAUCUACUGUUCAGCGAAAUGCUUUCUUCUCUUCUACCAUAUGAUGUACUUUAUAUAUCAUAGCGAUAUAUUCGACUGUUACGCCGUGACUCUUGGCGAUUCAAUGGUUUCGUUCUGAGAACCAGUUUUCUUGAAGUCUUGUGUUGUCUCGGACUCUUUCCCUCUCUCUGUCUCUGUUUUAUUUAUAGAGAUAUAAAUAGAGAUGUUGAUAAAAGCUUUUGUACAACUUUAAUUUUGAUCCGAUGGAACUGCAGUCACUGAAACUGAAACAUAAUUUAUAGUUUUUUUUUAAACGGUAACUUUGUUUCUUUUCUUUCCAUCAUCUUAUUGAAAUCUUCCAGUAAGAUUGAAAUCUUUCAAUAAGAGCAUGGUUGAGCAGAUUCAUCAUUCGAAUCAAGAUCUGGCAGUCAUGAUUGAACAGUAACUCCCGGAACAGUGAUUUCAGAACGAAACCGUUACAUUGCGAGGAAUUACGUCGGUUUGCAUUAUGCAUCACUCUUCCGUCAAUUUGAUUUUUAGAAACGCGUAUCAUCGUCUCUUCUCUUUUUCUUGACGCGGCGAGACCGACGGCGUGAGUUCAAGUCGCGUGUCUACGUGUCAUCUUGAACCUUUUUCCAUACCAUUUAACACACGUAACAUACAUACAGUAUUCACCUGGAACAUUUAGCAGCCAGUAAACACAGUCUACAGCAUCCCUAGCGAGUUGUAUAUGGACUACGUAUUAUUAUUAAACGUUACGGUUUCCGAAAAAAUAGCUAAUCUUACUGAGUAGAGCGUAGGAUUGUUGUUAAAUAGGAUGUCUUACGAUUAAAGAAAAAGAAAAAAAAAUCAAGAAUCACUAUCUCGGACACGUAGCAUAACGGGAACGUAGGGAGAGCCAUGAUUUUCAGAGAGCGACUCUUCAGACUCGGAACUGUGAUAUUUUAUUAAUAAUCUCGUGUCGAAUUCGCACUGUACGCUCUUGUCCGGAAUCGAUGUCGCUGCCGACCUUGAUUUCGCGGGAAACGCGAAGAAGUGGCCCUGGGGGAGGAAUCUCCUCGAGCCCUGCCCUUCGCGACGCUCGGUCGAAAUUGUUGCAUUUACGUUAGUGUAAGUCAAUCGGGCACGAGAUGGCUAAUCCAUUUUUCCAAGUGGGACACAGAGGCGCGCACGGGUCUAUCAUGGUGCUCCCUGAAGAUAUUAUAGACCAGUGGUAUUCAACCCCUUCCUCCUCAGCAUGAUGACGCUGAGUAUUCAUAUUAUUUAGACCUUCCUCCGCUCUCUUUAAAAAUACUUUUUGUCGCUGUUACAUUUACGCUCUCGCGUGUGGAUACAUUAGCAGCAUGCACUUCAGCAGUUUGCGAAGGAUUUUUUAUAGGACUAUAUUUUGUACAUUUUUAAUAUAUAUUUUAUUGCGAAUAACUUGAGAGAGGGCAAUCUCUCUCGCUGUGUAAAUUUUUUUCCGAAUCUUCACGCGUAUUUGUAUUUCUUCGACAUUUCACUUCCCGCCAGAGUCAUCAUCUUGAAAGUAUGCACAUUGAUCCGAAUAUUUUCAAGAAUAUUUUCUCACGUAUUAAUAUUCGUUCCUUCGGAGAUAUCCAUCUUCAAGUCUCAAAACUAUCCGUCUCAAAACUAUCCGUCUCAAAACUACUGCUCUAAGUAUGCAAAUGUUUUUUUUUAGAAUUUUGUACCGCUAGUUUUUUUCUUUUUCUUUUUUCCUCCAGCUAGAAGGCGAACGUGUUUCGACGCGCAUUUCUUCCGAGGGUACUCCAGGUUGAAUACCUCUGCGAUAGACGAAUUACUCUAAUGAAAGAUAAGCGUUCAUGCCGGAUAUAUUAAUUAGUAUAUAUUAUGUCUUCGCGGCGGGCCUCCGUCGCCUCUUCGCCGCGCGAGCGGACGCGACGUUUACUGUGGAAAACGCGUUGCGGCCACACGUUUCGUAGGUUCUAAGUGUACAGGUAUUACGUUAGCGCAACGUACGAGUAAGUUGUGCAAUUCGAUUGCGAACAGGCGACAGAAACGAGCCCGCCGCAAAAAAGAAAAUCAUGCGCGCAGAAUGAGAGCCGUUCGUUCUGAGAGUUCAGUCGGUGAAGCCACGACGAUAAUUUAUAGUUUUGAUGUUUAGCAUCAAGUGCAGCUGUUUGUAUGCAUAUAUUUUGUUUCCAUUUAAUAUGAUUCUGACGUUAUCAUAAGCCGAAAAUCAUUAGACAUACGAAAAAAUAAAUAAUCCACUAUUUUUUUGUAAUUUAAUCAUUCGUGAUCAAGACAUAUCGAAACGAUUCAAAAUGAUUAUUGUCAUUUUUUGGUAUAUUUCUCCAUUUGUCAGACAACUUGCAGGUUCCAGUUUGAUAAAUUGGUUUUUAUUAAUACUUAUUAAACUGGGAUCUGUAAUUUGCCUGAAAUAAAGGAAGAAAGCGCCGAAAUAUGAAUUACUUUGAUGAUUAAAUCGUUUCAGUAUAUCUUAAGUUGUUUAAUGUUGAUAAUAAAUUAAAUUUGAGAAAAAAUCGUGGAUUGUAUAUUUGUAUAUCUAAUGUAUGACCGCAUUCACAGUGCUGGAUGCGGUAAACUUUUACUCUCCAGUUUUCUUUGCGAAUUUUAUAAAAAUUACAUUCGACUCUAUUAUGAUAAUAUAUUGCAUAUUUGUAUCUUAUUAGCAUUAUCACUUAUCAGAUAUGAGUCGCAUGGAACAUUCGAUAAUACUGGAUUUUCAUAUUUGACGAUAAAUGUAAUAACAAUAAUGGAAAUAAUACAACGAGUAAUAAUAUUAUUUUAGAAUUUGAAUUGACAAAUUUGCAAACAAAUGUAGAUUAAUAUACAUGCUUUAAUCAGAUUUAUAAGAUUGACUUACGCGGCUUUCAGAACGAAUAGUUCACAUAUUUGUGAAAAUAAUUAUUUCAUCUCUGUUAUAGCUUCUUUGCCAUUUACAUACUUGUAAAUAUCCAUUAUUUACAUUUCAUACUUUAUUUAUUAUUAUACAUUAGCCAUUAUUAUUGCUUUCUUUCGAUGUCAGAGUAUUGCCAUUAUGUAAAAUAAAUUGUUUACACUGAUGAAUAUUGUCUCGAUCAUGUUACUGUUACGUAAAACGAGGAUGAGAGAAAGAGAGAAAAAUAUAGAGAGAAAGAAAGAGAGAGAGAAGGGGGAAGAGCAAAAUGAGAGAGCCUAUAUAUACUUGUUUUUAUACAGUAUUCGUUUUAAAUAUGACCAAAAAAUUGUAUUUAACUCAUAGGUCCGUAUUUUCGGGACAUACUCCCUUCGUCUGUACACAUUAAGAUGGCUAAAUAUAUGUUACACGCAAGCUGGGUUUAUUGAAAAGUUAUGAUAAAUUUGCCAUCAAAAAGGAAUAAUCGCGCUCAUAUCGUAAUUUUUUUUCUGCGGUUUGCAAGUUUCUUCCUUGUCAUUGUAAUUUUUCUAUAAACCGCGCUAUGGUGUACGAGACGAGAUAAAGUAAUUCAUUAAUAAAAGUAUUCGAUAAAUUA